AUGAUCGGCUCAUUCUGGAACUUGUGCCGCGCGUGCCCUUCCAUGCCUGUGGAUAAGCUGCACUCGGAGUACCGCAGCACGUACAGAUGGCACGAGUACAAGGAGCAACAGCAGCAACAGGGCGUGGUGAAGCAGCCCGCGCCCACGCCACCCUCCGCCCUGCCCAUCGCACGGGGGGCUAUAGAGCCGGCAAUGCCUCGCCGUAAGAAAUACCCCGGCGUUGCUUACAAAACGAACGAGUUGUUCGACCCCGCGCCCGUCGACGACAUCCGCCCGCAACAAGCUUCCGCCUUCGACCGCGCCCGGAGCGCUCAGAGGAAUGACUCGGAGCGUGCCGGGAGACGCAGCAAGUCCGAGGGGCCGCGUCAGCCGCGCUGGACCGACACUGUGGAGCCCAAGGCUACCACAGCGUUAGGUGAGGUGUUAGCAGUGAAGGAGCCAGAGACUCUGAACACAGAGUACCGCAACCAGUACGCCUGGCCCAAGGACACGGAUGUGCCGAGAAAGAGCAUCUCUAUGGGGGCGCUGAAGAAAGCUGCAGUGGCUGAAGGGUCAGUGGAGGCUGAACCCCUCAUGAACCAUGUGGAUGGUGACCAUGAAGACGGUCACAAGCGCUACAUCGAGGAUUACUUGUGGAACGGUCAGAAGCCUGGAGUCCAGAGAAAAUCGACGUUCCGUAGCGCGCUAUCGGCCCUCAUAUACAACGGCGAGGAUCGUUCCAAAGAUAAUAGGAAACGUUACAAAAGCGAGUACAAAAAGAAAUUUAGACCGUUCUCUCAAUACGUGUACGAGGCGUCUAAAGGGACAUUUACGAAAUGCAGGGGAAAAGGGAAGUCGAUUGAGGAGGCGAGCGAGAGGUUGGUGGGGGAGACGGAGGGGGCGGGCGGUGGGCCGGGGGUGGCGGCGGGGGGCGCGGGGGGCGCGGGGGUCACAGGGGAAGACUCGGCUAGCACGCUGCGCGCGGCCGGCCUGCAGCCGCUCGGCCUCGCGCAGGGCGACUCGUGGUACCGCGAGGUGCUGGAUCUGCGCAAGCGCGCCGGGGAAUAUAAGUACCGCGGCUGGGGAACCGAACUAGCUCCAGAACACAUCACUCAGCUUUACAAUAAGCAAAUCGAGCUCUGGUACCAAGUGUCCCGACGGUCCUCGCUGUCAGCCCUAUCACUUGCUUCCACCAAUCACAAAGUUCUGCCACGUGAUGAAAAGGAUGGCAAGGAGUCAAGGAACCAUUCCCCUAAGAAGUUUAGAUCUUUCCGUUCGGCACCACAUCAGUCCAUCCACGCCAAGCUGCAGGAGACUAAGGCUUUGGAGCGAUCUCCUCAUAAGACCUCGCCUCAAAAGCAGAGGAAGAAGUUGCAGGGACAUAGCUUCGAUGAAGGAGCUGCCCAUGAUGGGGCAAAAACAGAAGGGGCGUUCCGCUCCCCACGCCGCCGGCCGCGCUCCGCCGACCCCGCGCCCGCGCCCGCGCGCCACAUGCCCAACGGAGACCUGCCGCGCCCCAUCAAACCCACUGACGACGACAUCCCCGCUCACCGCAGUGCGUCCGUAGCGAAGGACCAUUUCUUUGACGACUCUCCCAUAGUAAAGUCGCCCCCCGAGCCGACCCGCGUGAAGUCCCCCGAGCAGAUGAACAUGCGCUCCCCGGACCCCGUCAACUGGACCGUGCCACUCGACACUGGCAAGACCUUCACCGUCACGCAGAACGUGAAAAGCGAAAUCGCGCCAAUUCACCAUCAACAAAUGUCUCCCAUUCGGUCGCUUAAAAAGAGCGAUUCGCCAACAAGCCUGAGCAAGCGCACCGACAAGACCCCCACCACGCCCAUCAGCCUGACCCCCAUCGACGAAACCAAAGCCCUCGACAUGAACAAAGUCAACGGCAUUAACGGACUUAAUAGCAACCAGCUGACCCCAGAGACCCCCAGCCAGGAAAUAAAAGACAUAAAAGAAAAGGAAGUGAUUAAAAAAUCGACUGAAGCGACUCAGGUGGCGCCCGGAGUGGUCGACACGACCGUGGUCAACGAGGCCCCCAACGCCGGGGGCCUCACCGCCGCAGAGGUUCUCGACAGAGCUCGCUCGAGGUUCGACAAAUUCUGGGGCAAAAAGGAAGACGAUGUU